AUGUCCUGCCCUUUCACUGGUGAGAAGAGCCCUGCCGCCCCGGCCAACGUCGAGGAGGUUGCGAAGGAGAAGACCGAAGGAGAGGAGACGGCCAAGGGUUGCCCAUUCGAGGGAAAGGCGCCCCGUCGUCCGGCCGCGGGCGGUAUCGACAUAGAUGAGAUCGAUGCCGACAGUCCUUCGCUGGCCGAGUACAAGAAGCUGAAGCGGGUGAUGGGCAUCAUGACGCAGUUCUACAAGGACGGCACCGACCUCAAGCAGGGCCACUACGACCACGUCACCCAGGAGCUCGAGAAGCUCGACGUCGACGCCAAGAUGGCGCAGGAGCAGCUCGAGGUCGUGUCGGCCCCGGCCUUCGCGAGCCACCCCAAGCAGAAGGAGUUCGCCAAGGAGCUGGCCGACGAGGUCGAGCGGCUGACCAAGCAGCGCGAGCUGUUCCUCACCAAGCAGAAGGAGUACAAGGAGCUGGCGGAGUGGAGCCAGGGCAUCGUGCGCGUGUGCGAGUGGCUCGAGCUCAACCUCGACGACUACUGCUCCAAGACCCUCGACUACCCCAAGCUGAAGGACGCCCAGAAGCCGCCCACGCUCGACAAGGACACCGCCGUCACCUACUCGAGCGGCCUCGACGAGAUCUUCCACAACCUCAAGGAGUCCCAGGACUUCUUCGAGGCGUCGGUUGAUGGCCGGCUCAAGAAGUACCACACGGCGGAGAAGGAGCUGAUCGAGGCGCAGCUGGCGGUGGUGCGCAAGUACCCCGAGAGCAGCGAGCGGCGAAAGCACGUCGAGGCGGAGCUCCUGCAGGAUCUGGAGUUCGUGCAGGGCAACAUGGUGGAGACCCCCGACGCCGCCCGCCGCAGGGAGAAGAUGCUUGAGUCCCACGCCGACUUCUUCAAGGUCCUCAAGUUCCACAAGGAGAAGCUCAAGGUGCUCUACCUCGAGGACUCUACCGAUGCCCAGAAGCGCGAGUUCGAUCCCCGAUUCGACCACUACCACUAA